AUUACUUUUCUCUCGAUGGCUUUGUUUUCAGAAUUUGACACCACUGACCAACCACUCGGUGGCUGAUCGCUUUUCAUCUAAAUCUGGCAGAAGGAAAUUGCACCAGACAAUGCCACCAUCAGAUGCCUCACCAGACUCUAAAUGUCCAAUAUGCUUGGACAGAUUUGAAAAUGUAUCCUACCUGGAUUAUUGUUGGCACAGAUUUUGUUUUCGAUGCAUACAAAAGUGGUAUAAGAACAAAGCAAAAUGCCCGCUCUGCAAGCAGCCUUUUCACUCAAUUGUGCAUAGUAUAAGAUCAGAAAAUGACUAUAAGGUAUAUACAGUCAAGCCUGCAGAGACCGAUGCCUUUGUCGGUACUGACCGGGUGCCUUGGGAUGAUGAGACCCCUGGUCCAUCCUACUCAAGCUCUGACCAAGUUUAUGCUACCCGGUAUACCACUUUGGAUACUUCGGAAACAUCUGAUGAAGAGCCCUCCACCAACGCAGCAGUAUUGCCAACACAGUUACUACCUUCUAUGGAGCGGAAUGAGGACAGUUGUGAUUCCCUUGAAAACUGUGUUAUUGCUGGCUAUGUGAAGUCACUGGACGAGAGAACACCUGAACUUGUGGAACUGUCUUCAGACUCUGAGGAAUCGGUUGUUGAUGGCUGGAAAUGCGAAGAAGAUCAGAAAACAGUGAAGCCCAUCCAGUACCAGAGUUUUAGUGAAACAGAUGCCAGCUGGUAUGCCUCUACUUUCUCUCUCGGGUCCAGAGAUGGUAGUGCCGAUCAUAAGGCAAAGGUGUCCUCCUCGAGUAAAAACCAAAAUCACAAAAGGAGUGAACAUGACGAUAAUAAAGCCAGCGGCAGUACUUGUUUACAAAAUUCACCUAGAGAGAGAGAGGACGAUUAUGAUGACAGCUACGCUUUUACCAGGAAGAGGAAAUUCGAAGCCUAUGCACCGCAAUUGGACCGAGAACACCGCGGUUUCAAAAGUAAGAACAAGGAUAAUAGCCAGGAAAAAUGGAAGAAGAGGGAUAGCAGCAGACACAGGCACAGAAAGAAUAAAAAGAAGUCCAAAGCCCAACACAAAAGCCUCUCUCAAAAAAGCAAAGUUCUGUCUCUGAGCAAUGAGAGCAUCUACUCUCGAGAACUGAGUUGAUCAAGAUCUCGUAGCAAUGAUUGUAGCAAAAAUGCAAGGAGGCAAGAUAGUGAUGAUUACUUCAGAGGCCAAUACCACAGCAAGUAUGACAGGAAUGCCUCCCGAGAUUAUUAUGAAUUAUCUUAUAGUAGGCGGAAGCAGUACCCCAGGCAUUCUCCUAGCCCAGAUUAUGGAGUCCGCUCUUUUUACGAGCGAACCAAUAAAAUUUCAAGGGGUCGCAGCAGAAGUUACUACUAUGGACGGGAUAGAUCAAGAAGUCGGUCCAGCAGCCAGUCUCGCACUCCUUCUCGAGGAUCAGACAGAACGCGAUCAGAGAAACUCAGUGGCAAAAGGACAUACAAGACCCACCACCUUGAGAGUAUGCCUAGAGGAAGUGAGGAAGCUGCUUCUGCAUCUUCUAAAAAAGAAAGCAGCAUGUCCGAAAACCUUGUACCAAAGCAUUGGGAACCUUACAAAAGGUCAGCUGGCCUCUUGAACAGUCAGUCAGAAGCUGACAUCCCACGAAAGAAGGAGAAAAAGACGUCAAGAAGUCCAAGUGUGGAGAUUAUUUAUGAAGGGACAGCCACGGACAUAAUAAGGCGUCAGAAGAGGAAAAGAAAAUGGGACUGGAAGCCACACACAAACCAAGUGGGCUAUUCUCCCAUUUCUUCGCCUGUUGUGAUUACAAUUGACAGUGACAGUGAUAAAGCCAGUGAAAUCCAGGAUAAUACUGAGUGUGACAGUAUCAUCUCCUGGAGUCCUUUGGACCCAUUUCCUCCAAAUGAGAAGGAGACAGAGUCCCCAUCACUACUCUUGGAAGCCAGGGACGAUAAAGACAACAAAGCUGAUGAAACUGAAAAUGUGAAGGAACACAGUGUGAUUCCCAAAGGGGACGGUGUAGGAGAUGAAAUUCUAAGUGGUGUUGAACCUCUAAAUGGAGGUGAAGAGCUGCAGGAUUCAGACGGCAGGCAUGCACCUUCUAUGGCAGACAAUAGCAAGGCUUCGCCUGAGCUGAGCAAUGGAGAAACUGAAUCUUUUUGCUGCUCGCCAACCCACAAAAGCCUCUCUCGCAAAAGCAAGGUUCUGUCUCUGAGUAAUGAGAGCAUCUACUCUCAAGAACUGAGUCGAUCAAUAUCUCGUAGCAACAAAUGUAGCAAAAAUUCAAGGAGGCAAGAAAGUGAUGGUUACUUCAGAGGUCAAUACUACAGCAAGUAUGACAGGAAUGCCUCCGGAGAUUAUUAUGAAUUAUCUUAUAGCAGGCAGAAUAAUUACUCCAGGCAUUCUCCUAGCCCAAAUUAUGGAGUCCGCUCUUUUUAUGAGCAAACCAAUAAUCAAAUUUCAAGAGAUCGCAGCAGAAGUUACUACUAUGGAAGGGAUAGAUCAAGAAGUCUAUCCAGCAGCCAGACUCGCACUCCUUCUCGAGAAUCAGACAGAACACGAUCAGAGAAACCCAGUGGCAAAAGGAAAUACAAGACCCGCCACCUUGAGAGUAUGCCUAGAGGAAGUGAGGAAGCUGCUUCUUCUAAAAAAGAUGGUCACGUGUUUGAAAACCUUGUGCCAAAGCAUCAGGAACCUUACAAAAGGUCAGCUGGCCUCUUGAACUGUCAAUCAGAAUCUGACAUCCCACGGAAGAAGGAGAAAAAAAUGUCAAAAAGUCCAAAUGUGGAGAUUAUUUAUGAAGCGACCAUCACAGACACAAGAAGGCAUCAGAAGAAGAAAAGAAAAUGGGACAGGAAGCCACGUGCAAAUCAGAUGGGCUACUCUCCCGUUUCUUCGCCUGUUGUGAUUAUGAUUGACAGUGACAGUGAUAAAACCAGUGAAAUCCGGGAUAAUACUGAGUGUGACAGUAGCAUCUCCUGGAGUCCUUUGGACCCAUUUCCUCCAAAUGAGAAGGAGACAGAGUCCCCAUCACUACUCUUGGAAGCCAGGGAUGAUAAAGACAACAAAGCUGACGAAGCCGAAAAUGUGAAGGAACACAGUCUGACUCCCAAAAGGGACGAUGUAGGAGAUGAAACUCUAAGUGGCGUUGAACCUCUAAAUGGAGUUGAAGAGCUACAGGAUCCAGAUGGCAGGCAUGCACCUUCUGCGGCAGACAAUAGCAAGGCUUCGUCUGAGCAGAGCAAUGGAAAAACUGAAUCUUUCUGCUGCUUGCCAACCCACAAAGCAUCCUUGCUCUUACGCCUCUCAAAAUAUCUUCAUGAACAUUUGUGUCAGCUGGACACAUCAGAACAAAAUCUAUAGCCUUGUAAACAAAAUGUUUUGUGAUAUGAUUCUAUUUUUUAAAAAAAUACACUUUUCUUAAAAGCAC